AAGCAAAAAAGAAAAUGAAAAUUCAAUUAUUAUACUAGCAAUAUAGGCUUAGCUUUCACUAGUCUACCUCUGUUUUCUUUUCUCAUUGAUCGAGACGUUUUUUUUUGCUAGUGGCUUACAAUAUUUCAAAUGAACAGACACAUCUACAAUAUGUUUGCAUAUGCAGUUCUUCAAAAAAACCUAAACAGUUGCAUUUGAUGUUUUCCAAGCUGAGCCAUGUUUCAUUUCCAAACACCAAAUAUUAAAUGAUUUUUGAAUUGCAUCAAAGUUGUCAAUUUUUUUAUUUAUAUAUUUAUUUAAAUCGACUUAUGUAAUCGAUUGUAAAUGACUAGCUCGAAUACAAUAUUAGUCUGAAGCAUCAUUUGGAAGGCCAACUAAGUUUUUUAAUGAAAAAGACCAUUGAUAGGAUAAAGUCUACAAUUCUGCAGAUAUUGUUGAUUCUGUAACAAAUAUUUUGCAUUAAUUGAAGAAGAGUUUCGUCCAGUUCACCAACUAUCGACAAUAUUUGAAGCUAUUAUCAAAAAUCUCCAUAAAACAUGACAUUCUCUAAUUAUUUCAUCAUUUUUGUUUCUUUUAUUAAUUGCCUCUAAGGCGCUGUUUGCACGGGUGAGGUGAUAGUAUAACACGUUUCGAUGUUUAUACUUACCAUUUAAAUUAAUUUACUGACCUUUAAAUGUAUUAACAAACCAGUUAUUUUAAUAACUGACCAUUUAAAUAAUUUACUGAUCAUUCAUUUUUUACUGACCAUUCAUUUAUUCUACUGAUCAUUUCAUUUAUUUUACUGACCAUAAAUUAUAUUCCCUUUAUUAAUUACGUACGAUGACGUACAUUUCAACUCUACUAAAUUCUUUUUUUGAAGUCUACUAAUUCAAAAUGUAAGAUAUAAAGAUAGUCGAAAAGAAAAACAAAAAAAAAGAACAUAUAUCAAUAGUUAUUCUAUGAUAAAUUAAAUAAUAAAGAAAACCAAAUAGAAAACACCUCAGUGUCAAAAUAAGAAAUCCGAAAACAAGUCAAAAUUUGGAACGAUGUUAACUUUGCAAAAAUUCAAAUGAACUUUUCAUUUUUUUUCUCUCUUGUUUUAUCCUCUCUCUCCUUUCUUUCUCGAUUUCAGUCCAUCCAUUACGUGGGAGUUCCAUUGAUAUUCAUCCGAAUGCUCGAUGGCAACAAAAUGGUAUCACUGUAGCUGGAGGAAAUCGACAAGGCAAUGGAAUCAAUCAACUAUCAAACCCAUUGGGUUUGUAUGUUGAUGAUGAUCAAACAAUCUAUGUUGCUGAUACAUGGAAUCACCGUAUUGUGGAAUGGAAACGAGGUGCAACAAGUGGCCAAGUGGUUGCCGGUGGAAAUGGACAAGGAAGUGGAGAUCAUCAAUUGUCUUACCCACAAGAUGUGAUUAUCGACAAAGAGAGAGAUAGUCUCAUCAUAUGCGAUUAUUUGAAUGGAAGAGUGGUUCGAUGGCCUCGUCGAAAUGGGACAAGUGGAGAAACAAUCAUCUCCAACAUCUUAUGUGUGGGUUUGACAAUGGACGAGAAUGGAUCUCUCUAUGUCACUGAUGUUGGAAAACAUGAAGUGAGACGAUAUCGAAGAGGAGAAUCUCAACGAACAGUGGUUGCAGGUGGCAAUGGAAGUGGAAAUCGUCUCGAUCAACUCUCUCGCCCACGAUACGUAUUCAUCGAUCAAGAUCAUUCAGUGUACGUAUCGGAUUGGAACAAUCAUCGUGUGAUGAAAUGGAUGGAAGGUGCAAAACAAGGCAUUGUCGUGGCUGGUGGUCAAGGAGAAGGAAAUGAUCUUACACAAUUGUCAUCUCCUGAAGGAGUCGUUGUCGCUCAAUUGGGCACUGUCUAUGUGGCUGAUGAAUGGAAUAAUCGAAUCAUACGUUGGCCUAAAGGAGCCACACAAGGAACUGUCAUUGUUGGUGGAAACGGUAGUGGAGGACAAUCGAACCAACUCAAGGGACCCGUCGGCUUGUCAUUUGAUCGACACGGGAAUCUCUAUGUCGUCGAUUGGAGAAAUCAUCGAGUACAAAAAUUCAAUCUCGAAUUCAAUGGAUAG